UUGCCCGCUGCUGGCUGGCUGCUCUCCAGACCCAAGCCAAGUGUGUAAGCGAACCCAUCCUAAUGAAUUAAUGAAUGGCUCCUGCAAGAGCCACUGAAGCCAGGAGAGAAGAGCGCAGGGAGACGGAGGAGAAGGGGACCAGCAGACAGCUCUCCGGCCAUUGAUCUCCUUCCUAUGACAAUCUGGUGCGCACAACCAGGCAGAGAAGAGAGACACAAAGGAGGAGAAGGCGAUGGCGUGGGACCAGCAUGGCCGGCGCCCUUUGUGCCAACUCGGGGGGUCUCCGUCGCUGCUUCUAUGUUACUCCAGAGCUGCCUUGGGUCAACUGGUACCGGCCACCACCGAACCCCCCAAAAAGAAGCCGGAUCCAGUCACUUCAGAGACUGUGGUGAUCUGGGGCCUGCGCCUCUGGCAAGUGGUUGGGAUAUUUGCCCUUUUUGUCAUGAGCGUCAUCAUCACUUUGUGCUGCAUCUUCAAGUGCCGCAUCCCCAGGACCAAGAAGGAGAUCGAGGCACGCUACGCCAAGCGACAAGCGGCCAAGAAAUAUGCAAACAAGCUGGAGUCGGUGCCGCCCCUCAAUGAACUCACCGAGAUCCCAGGAGGCUCCACUGAAAGCCUUCCGACUCUUUCCGGCCAAGUCGACUCUCGAACCCAGAACUCCCUGCCAGCAGUGAAGGAGGAAGAGGAAGUACCCCCGCAGGACCACUAGGGGGCAGGCUUUGCUUACUUUCCUGCUGAUCUGAUUCUUGUUUUCAUCCCACUUUCAU